AUGAGCAAAAAAGCAAAUGAGAUCGCAAAAAGGUUGAACAUAGCGGACUUUGGUGGAUCUAAUGGUUGGCUUGAUCGUUUUAGAAAAAGGCACGGUAUUGUCUAUCGUAAAAUUUGUGGGGAAGCCGAUGCUGUAGAUGACAACAGUAUUAAAUCGUGGAAAGAGACAAUUCUACCAAAUUUGUUGAAAGAUUAUUCACCCGAGGAUAUAUACAAUGCUGAUGAGUUUGGCUUGUUCUUUAAAUUGAUGUCAAAUAAGUCACUUGUGAUGAAAGACGAAACAUGUCAUGGUGGUAAGUUAAGUAAGGACCGGUUAACUGUUUUAACUUGCUCAAAUUGGUCUGGAACUGACAAGCUAAAACUUUUGCUCAACUGCGAGUUCGUUAAACAGAAAAGAAACGUCCUUUUAUUUGUCGAUAAUUGCCCUGCUCACCCGAAAGAAAUAACCCUUACAAAUAUCAAACUUGUGUUUUUCCCGCCAAAUGCUACGAGCAAGCUUCAGCCCCUUGAUCAAGGUGUGAUCAAAGUUUUAAAACAGAAAUACCAUGCUAUUCAUUAUGUUUCAAUUGCGUGGGAUGAGAUAAAACCAGAAGUUAUUAAAAACUGUUUCAACAAAGCCUAUUUUGGUAACGUAUCACAAGAAGACCCUCACGUUUUGGACUCAGACGAAUUUCGGACUUUGAGGAGGUUUAUCCAGGCUACACAUCCAUUGACGACCAAUUAA